GUGUGAUUAGGUAAAGGUGCCACUGUUAUCUGUACCGAAUAUCAGCACAUAGUGGUUGACCCUUGACCCUAGUCGCUGUGCUCAUAUCGCGCUGCCACUCCCGUUGCCGCUUGUGUAGCAUAUCUUUACUAACCGACCGAAGGUAAAGGUGGCUCAACAAUCUGUUUUUUGUGCUAUCUGAACAACCUCUUCACGGACCGUGUGUAGCACCAAGUUUUGGGUCUUCAAAAGAGUAGCAAAAGUGAUGAUGCUGUGCUGCUAGAGCCGUGGUUUCAAUUUGGUCUGGAAUCUUUCCUGUUUUGCAUCACUUGAGCACCAACAUCUGAGCAGAAUUGGAAAGCUGUCGACGCCAACAAAUCCCAGCUUCAUUAAGCUCUUGUGAAGACGGUGGCAGUGUUUUCAAAUCGCAAGAGAAAAACGAAACGCGAUUCUGGCUCAUCGCAAGCCUCAUCACGGCAGCUGAAAACAUGACGUCUCACUGGGAGGACUUCUAUGCCACCCAUUUACCACCGAACUGUUUCGAGGAUAACCGAUCCCUGCUAAAGGAAUUCUGCGACCGUCACUACAAACUGAAGAGUAACAUCGUGCUUGUUACGUCCGGUGGUACUACUGUUCCGCUGGAACAUAACACAGUUCGAUUCGUCGAUAAUUUCAGUGCAGGCAAUCGAGGGUCAGCGUCUGCGGAGUAUUUUCUCGAACAUGGCUACGCUGUCAUCUUCAUGCACCGCACAAAAUCUCUGGAGCCCUUUUCGCGUCACUUCACCGGCCAACAAUUGCUCGACAUGCUGGAAUUACAUGAGGAGGGUAUGAGCACCACCAUCACCGUUAAACCUGACUCAGUGGAUGUUCUGGCACCGGUGCUCGACAAGUAUAAGAAUGCGCAAGAAACGCAUCGGAUGCUGUACAUAACCUUCACCAGUGUUGUCGACUAUAUGUGGUUAUUGCGUGCUGCCUGUGAGUCGCUGGCACCGUUUGAACGAAACGCGGUCCUGUUUCUAGCGGCAGCCGUAUCAGACUUCUAUGUACCGCAGGACGAAAUGCCAACACACAAGAUCCAGUCGGGGCAUGGAGCUCCAACGAUAUCGCUACAGCUUGUACCGAAGAUGCUGGCACCGCUUGUAAGCCUCUGGGUACCGCAUGCGUAUGUUGUGUCGUUCAAACUCGAAACCGACGAGGCUCUACUGAUCGCCAAGUCGCGAGAAAGUCUUAAUAAGUACAAACACAAACUCGUCAUUGCGAACAUACUGCAAACACGCAAAAACCGGGUUGUGUUUGUUACACCAAGCAGUAAUUACGAGAUUGUGCUUACCAAAGAUCAGGCCCUGACUGGGUUGGAAAUCGAGGAACCGAUCGUUGCGGAUGUUGUACGACGGCAUCAGGAUUAUGCGCGCGAACCCGAGCAACAAACGCAAUGACCCACGCGUUCAGGCAGACCGCCAUCUAGCAGUGCGAUGCAAGUCGACUGCCGUGUCACGCUGCCGCACUUCUGUAAAGUUCUAAAUCCAGGAAGAAAGUUUUAAGUAAAGUGAUUGUACAUCCAAAAUUGACUAAGAAAAUUAAAGAUCAGUUGCGAAAUCACAGUAUCAUUCGAACUCUGAAAGUACGAGCAAAACUGUCGUUAAAGCUAUCGGAAGGACAUGAUGUUGACUUUCACAUCGUUUGUAAGACCUGGGCGGGUAAACAUGAUUUGCAUUUCAUUAUUAGUUCUGUUAUUGAUCAUUGUUUGCUUCCUUGUAGUGUCAAACAUAAGGAAAGAAAUAGAUUGUAAAAUGAACUAUUAACUGGUUACACGGUGCUUGUAAUAGAAAGAUCGGGUAUAUGGAAAGCUAAACGCUUGGAAGGCAAAACACUUAACGAUGAGCCUAUUAGUUAGAAACAUGCAAACAUGUAUCACCCAUCGAAAACAUUCCACCAACAUGAGCUGGCUGGCACAGUUAUAUUAUUACUGAUGUAUCACCUGUUGUUUACGUUCAAUGUUCUGAAUAACUGUAGUUACUCAUUUCUACAUUACUUGAGUUGCGUUGCAUCAACUGCUACCGUGCGGCAUAUGGUUUGAAGAUGAUGUAAAGUCAUAACUCAUCGAUCGAUCGCUAUCCGAUCGAUGAAAGAAGUGUUUCUUUGCUACUGUUAAACCACUUCAAUGUUUAGACACUACAAAAAGAAAAGAACGAUGUUAAACAAGGUGCGCAGUAUGAUGAAAACACCAUAAAACGCUAGUGUCCUUCUUACAUGAACAAAAUGAAUGUUGGCCACCAAUUUAUAACAGCAAAACGCAAACAUUGUUUAUCAACGGUAAUCCUGGUAGCAUGCACUGUAUCAGUCCCUACGACUAGAUUCCUUUGCCAAGAGUUCCUAACCAUCGGUAAUGUGGUUUUUUAUGUUUUUUAUAGUAUCGUUCAAACAUGAACAAUGGGAAAUUGUAUUCGUAAAUUCCGUCGUCAUCCCACCAAAUGUACGAAGUGCACGAUUGUUACUUAAAUAAGUCUUAAACAAGACUGAAAUGGCGCUUAAUGAUAGAUUCCUUCUUCUUUACGCUAUCACACCUUGUUUCAUACACGGUGGCAAUUCUUUUGCCUUUAACGAUGCGUAGUAUUGUCUGGUUAUGCUGUUCUCUAUUGUCUACCGUUUGCGGUCAAACGAUUAGCUUGAUCGCUCCAAUGAACGUUCCGUCACUACUACCCGUACACUGCUUGCAAGUUAACACUUCUAGGAUGUACCAAAACUCGUCGAUAAAUGUGCAAGCUGUUGCGAGGUAUAUGACAUUCGUAGGAAACUUAAUGUGUCUCCUUAUGAGUUUUUGAGCUUAUCACUCAAGACUAGAUAAAAACCAAAAACGGUUAACACCGAUGUCCGUGGCCUGUUUCCAAACAAGGCCCUUCUUAUAACACCUCUACCUUUUUAAGCUACCUUUAAACGUUAUACAAACUCACGCCCUCAAUCAUGUACAAGUAAGUAACACUCAACAAGUGACAACUAAAUCGAGCCAACCGAAGAAGGCGGAACAGCCGAGUAGCCGAUGGUAGAUGAUCCUAACACUAGAGAGGCAUGAGCUUCAACUGCACGCCUACUUAGAUGAGCUAAUGGAAUGAAAACAGUAUGCAGCAUAACACCGAACGAAUGGACGAAGGAAAUUAUAUACAUUUAUAUACAUCAACAGCAUAUAUACCCGACGGUAUGAAUAAAAAAUAGCGUGCCUCCUUUUAUAGCAUGAUAGACGAACGGAACAAGAAAGUUGUUGUUUAAAAACGAUAAACUACCUACCAUCACAAUAUUCCAUUAGAGUUGGUGUUCAAAAAUCAAUACAAAUGUUGGAACCUUAUCUGACAGAGUAACGUAGUAACAUUGUUUUCAGUGGUACGAAUCUACACGAUCAAACUUGCUAGGAAAAGAUCAUUGGCAAAGCUUUUGUGAAAUGUUCCAAUUACAGAAAACCACCUAAAAGAAAGCCAACGUAAAAAAGCUAAGCUAAACUUAAAAUCAAAUCCUCGUGACACUGAUGUUGAAGAUUACAUACACAACUAACUUGCUUUUACAUAUCAAUCAAUUCCUUGAAAUCAAAACAAACUCAAUUGGCUUAGAAUGACUAAGCCAUUUUAAAGUAUUUGACAAGUUUACUUGAAUCACAUGUUCUUAAAUUCCUUGCCGUUUUAAAAUACUGUCACUGAUUCCGAACUCUGGAUUAAAUAUCAAUGACUAAGAAAUGCACUGAACUUUCAAACCCCCUUGAUUUACAAUAAUAGCAAUAUGCAUUGGACACCGAUAUUGAAUUACAGCCCAAAAAGGUAGUAGCAUCUCCUAAGAAAAAGAAACAAGGAAAUAUCGACAAAGGAAAGGCUAUAUAGACAAAAGUAUCAAAAUUCUCCGUAAAACGUAAAGGGAAAUUGUGCAUGUAAGUAAAAUAUAUUAAACAUGAACAACUAGAACCUUCAUGUCGGUGUUAUGUAGUCUGUACAUGGUGAAUAACAAUGAUUCUCAAGCACAGUUAUUUGUUUGAAUUUAGGUAAACUCUUUGUUGUUAAAAGAAUACGACACUGUUGUUAUUUAAAUAAAAUUAAUAAAUGAUUCCUCUGUUACCAUUGCAAAAUUAAUUUACAAAGCUAAAACUACAAAGUCAAAUGGAAUAAAAUCAGUGUGAUGAAUGCCAGUGGAAGACAUGAAUUUUAUGUUGAAACAUCACAUAAAUCAUAGUAAAAAGAAUACUUGUUUGUUUUCCAACAAACCGUCAAUGCAGCUCUUCUAUUUAUCCUAUGUUGCUGCGGAGCAUAUACUCAUAAAACAUACUAAUUGCAAUUAGUAAAUGGAAUUAGUGAAGUGUGUUUUAAAAUGUGAACUGCAUAGCAACCAAUAGAUUAUGUGCGAAGCAGGCGCUGGCGUUGUAUAAAGAAUAAGUAUUUGAAAGGUAAUGUUGUAGAUUGAUUGAACGGAUUGUGUAGUACUAGCUGUAGUACCCUGCAUAAAUUGUUCGUUAUAAGGAGGGAUGAAAAUCAAUGAAUAAAUACUAUUGUGAACGCGAUACAAUGACCAGAGAGUCAGCGUAAUAAAGAACCAUACCUAGCCUAGUGGAUUUAGAAUGCUUACAGAAACAGGCGGUCCCUAUACACCCGUAGCAUAGAGAGCAAGUAAUGCUUUUCUACUUUGAGUUUUGGGACUGGUAAAGGAAAUCGAAAAAGAUGUGCCACAAAAACAACUAACGAUGUCUAUGAAUUGACUAUUUUUUGUUCAGGCAAUUACAGGAUUUAAAAAAAACAACCAAUCGACCAAUAUUACCAAUAAUGGCGGAUAUAUGAGCAAAACAACAAUAUUACUCAACAUUCGCAAUCACAUCAGUCAUAGGAAUCGUGCGCAAUGUGUUUAUCGGUUCGGCUAUCCAUUUUUUCUGUUGUGUUUUCUGAUAGAAAGUGUUGUUUUCUAACUUUUCGGAAGGCCCCAAGGGGAAAUGCAACAUUCAGGGUACUACCAAUGCCAAAGGGAUACAAAGUCUCCAGACGCACUUUUAACGUGCGGAUAAUUUGAAUGAAUCGUGAAACACUGAAAUACACUAUUUUCAUUUUUUUCAAACCUUCAAUUGUUUUGUGCAGGUUGGUCGAUCAGGUCAUACCACCAUGUAUACAAUUUCGUUCGCAGUUGAUUAAUAUUGCUUACUAGGACAAAACGAGAACGGUUUGAACAAAAGGCGCAUGAAACGAUGGAACAACACGAAAAGUAUUUGUUUAUCAGUAAUGGAAUCGAAAUGUAUACAUAUUUAGCAGAAACGUAUAGAUAUACUUAUACAUAUGCAAACACUUUAUAUACAUACACUUAUU